UUUUUGGGUGUAAAAUUAGUGUGCGUGUGAAAAUUUAUAUAUAUAAAAGCAAAAUUCAUUGAAAAAUAUUCGAGCCAACGAAACGCAGAAUUUCAGAAAAUCAAUGUGCAGCCCAAGUGGAAGAAAAUGUGCAAACACUUAGAAAAAACAUAGAGUGAGUGCUGUGCAAAGGAAGAGAAUUGGAAAUUGGAAAAUUUUGCUUAGGCAGUAGUGCGAAAAGUGGGUGUACAUACAAACAUAUGUGCAUGUAGAAAUUUCUGCCCCAAAGCACCAGUACGAGGAGCAUAAAAAUCGAAGCAGUGGAAGCUGAAGCUGUAACUGAGCCUGAGUAAGCGGCAAGGCAGGCGGUACGCAGGCGGGCGGCUAGUCAGCAGCGUUUACUGCCGGCAGCAGCACUCGUCAACUGAAUAGCAAAAACGCACACGGCUGCAAUCACUAAUUCGUGCGAGUGUAUGCAAACUUUGCGAUUUAUCCCACCUACGCGUUGGAUUUGCAGAUUUGUUUAUCAAAACGUUUAAGGAGAGUGCGUAAUAGCCGAUGAAACAAAUCGCCUGAGGAAUCACAAAUGAAUAAUAUUUUCAGAAAAACAAUUAAUUGGGUUCGAAACUGAUUUAAUGUAAUAAUCCGCGAAAUAAGAAUGAAAAUAAAUAAUUUCCGACACUCAGAAACGCGAAUACCGGCAUAUUUUCAAACUACUGUGAUGUUUCACGGCACAAAUUCAACGAAUAAGAGCAAUUCUAUAAAGUAAAAUAAAAUUGUCUUCAGUUGUGCUAAAAUUGUAAAAUAAAGUAUCACAAAAUUUGCACAAAUCAAACAAAAGUGAAAGAUAUUAAAAUUUCAAAAGUAAAACCAACAUAGUGAACCAACGAAACUGAAAAUAUUAUUACAACAGAACCUCGAAAUGUUAAAGCUCAUCGUUAAGAGAAUAUAAACGCAUAACCUAGCAAAAACAUACGUAUGUGUAUUGAAAAAAUAUAAAUUUUCAACAAUACUGCAAUCAGAAAUCUUCAAAAGCUCAUAUCAUCACACAGCAAACACCAAUCACGCCCACCACCCUCAACUUCACUCCACACCACAACACACUGUCCAACUAGCAUUACUUCAAAACUUUUCUCCUACAACUGCCACCACUUCUUCUUCUUCUUCUUCGUCCCGCUGUUUAAAUAAAAAGCCAUCAAAAUUAAGUUCUCAAAGCAGAAUCAUCGCGCAUACCGUCACACCGAGAACAUCUACGACGGUGGCACCGAUACUGACGACGACGAAUGCCCGUUGGAGUCCACCACGAUGAAUCCGUAUGAGUACGAAACGACACUGGACUGUCGGGAUGUGGAUGCACGCGGCAACGGCGGCGGCGGCGGCGGCGGUGGUGGUGGCGGCGGGACUGGUGCUGUUGCUGGUGGUGGCGGUAUGAUGAGCUUGCGUCACAAUCCAUCCUCGACACAUUCACAUCAAAAUACGCUGCAACAUCAGAAUCAACAAAAUUUACAAUUGCAACAACAACAUCUACAGCAAUCACCAUACGAUUAUGAAUACCAGCACUUGCCACAUCGCGCUGGUGAAUUGGCCGCAGCGGCAGCGGCUGCAGCAGCAGCAGCAGCUAACAACAGCAGCAGUAAUGCAAUGUCAACGGCACAGCGUAAUACACACGGCAGACCAGGCAAGUAG